GAGUCAGUUGAUAAAAUGUAAUCAGCAAAUUGUUUUACUGAAUAAAUUGUUAUAUGCUGGAGUUUGUGCAAUUCAAUUUGUAAGGUGCCGCUAGAGUGGUCAGAUCAUCUCCCGAAACAGUUGAAAAUAAUUUUCGAAAAAGAAAAUAAUUCAAUAUGAGCUAUACGUGGAUUCCAACAACAGUGUACGCAGGUCUACCACCCAGCGCUGUUUACGCCGGAAAUGAUUCCGAUGGCACUCCAAUUUAUGUUGGACGUGCAUUCUUCGAAGGACAACAACUACCCUGUAAAGUAAUGCCCAGUAAAAAUGCAGCGUAUGUCAGUUACGCUGGCAAAGAACACUUCGUUUCGAACUAUGAAGGAUUGUCUGGUCAUGGAUUUUCGUGGGUUGCGUCUGGUCAUGGUCACGUUCCACCCGGUGCUGUACUUGCUGGUAACGACAAUGGUGAACCACUUCACAUCGGCAGAGCUCAUUUCCAAGGAAGCUUAACUCCUGGUAAAGUUCACAGAUCUCAUGCCUGUCUUUACAUUCCAUAUGGAGGAAGUGAGCAUUCCGUUAAGUCAUACGAAGUAUUGGUUGGAUCCCAGAGAUCCAACUGGGUGUCGACAUCAGCCUAUGUACCACUUCCAGAUGGAGCUAUUUUAGCCGGAAACGAUGUUGACGGAACGCCAAUUUAUGUUGGAAAAGCCUUCCACGAAGGAGAUCUAAUUCCUGCUAAAGUUAUUCCCAGCAAGAACGUUGCAUAUGUAUCGUAUGCCGGAGUUGAAAUUGCAAAACAUCAAUAUGAAGUGUUAUGCAAUGGUAAUGUUUCUUGGGUGCCAUCUGGCCAUGGACACAUUCCACAUAAUGCUGUCGUUGGUGGCAAUACGGCAAGUGGUGAAACACUGUACAUCGGCAGAACGCAUUAUAUGGGUAGUUUGACACCAGGAAAAGUGCAUCCAUCACAUGCAAGUCUCUAUAUACCAUUCAAUGGAGCAGAAGUUCCCCAUAAAUCUUAUGAAAUUUUGACUGAAAAUUAAUUAUCAAUCCUCAUUGAAAAGAAUGUAAAUUAUACGUAAAUAGAAAAUGGUAUUCCAUCAAUUAAA